GAGGGUGGAAUUCUUGUCUUGCAGCCAGGCUGGGGGUCGCUGUCUUGUCCCGUUAUCGAUACAAGAGCUGGGCUGCAACCUCAGCGUUGCCAGGCUGAGGGGCAGGACUCCCAGCCUUUGGCAGGUGGAUUUACUCUGCCUCUUCUCAAAUAAGCCUUAAGCUUCCCCCUCUUCAGUACAGCAGAGUGGGACCCCAAAAUCAUCAUUAGUUAUGGGUACAUAUCGACCAGACUUGGGGUUUUUUAACUGCAUGAUUAAUUCUUCUCUUGUUUCAACACGACUUGUGAUGGCAAAAGCUCACCCAGGGCCUGAUCAAGCUGUGUAGCAACAGUGCAUGGAAUGAAGUUUGGCAAUCAAGUAUUUCAGGCUGCAUGAACAAGGAUGCCAAAAACAACCUAUUAAUAAUUAGGAGUUUUCAGUACAAAUUCAUAAAUAACUAAACCUCGCAGACACACACACAGUGGGAGGGAGCUUGAUGGUACAAACUGGAAUAUUCCUCAGUGAUAUUGGUACUGAGAUCUCUGUCAGCUUCAGGGGCUGGUGACACCACUCAACACUGAGUGAAAACCCAGACCAGAACGUGGAGAAAACUUCUCGGGGAGCUGGUGUAGAUUUGGCAAUGAGACCUGGGGAGCAGAAUUUAAUGAGAGUUUGCUGCUGGGCCAGAAAGGAUGGGGCAAUGCAGUGCCUUAGUUGGGACACACACAACUGUAUCAGCCAACAGAAAUACAGAAACUGAGACCUUCAAAGGUCCCAAAAGGGGGGCCAGAAUAAUGGCAGAGUGGGGGGUUCUGCCUCAGAAAACAGGAAUUAAGGAAUUGCAGUAGCAUGGAAGGGAAUUCUUCCUAACGGACACCUGAGCACCUCAGGACUCCCGGGAGAGCUCCUGAAAGCUGGAGCCAUGCUGAGCAAGCCGGUGCUGGUGGAGUCCCUGGUGGUGUUUGCCAUCGUGCUGGCGGUGCACGGCGUGGUGUGGGACCGCUUCUCCUGGUGCGCCCUGGCCUUGGCCCUGCAGGCCUUCUACGUGCAGUUCAAGUGGGACCGGCUGCUCCAAGGUGGGGGGGCCGUGUUCCAGUUCCGGGGGGCGGCCAACAGCGGGCUCCUGCCCGCCAGCAUGGUCAUCCCCCUGCUGGGGAUCGUCAUGAAGGAGCGCUGCCGCGCCGCCGGCAUCGUCUACUUCGAGCGCCUCGGGGUGGUGGUGGCCUCGGCGGGGAUGCUGCUCGCGCUCUUCCUGUCGGUGCUGGCCGUCGGCAUCACCAAGCCCGUGCCAACCAACACCUGCAUCCUGACCGGCAUGGCCGGCAGCGUCAUCGUCUACACCAUGAAGCACUCCCUGGCUGUCUCAGAAGUCAUAGAGGUCCUGGAAGUGCUGCUCAUCUUUGUCUACCUCAGUAUGAUCCUGCUGUACUUGCUGCCCCGCUGCUUCACUCCCGGGGAAGCGCUGCUGGUCCUCGGAGGCGUGAGUUUUGUCCUCAACCGGCUCAUUAAACGCUCACUGAACGUAGUCGAGGGCAAAGGGGAUCCCAUUGACUUCUUCCUUCUGGUGGCAGUUGUCGGAGUCGUUCUCCUCGGUCUUUUUUUCACCGUGCUCUUCCUUUUCAUGGAUUCGGGCACGUGGAUCUCCUCCAUGUUCUUCCACAUGAUGACAGCGGUGCUGGGCUUAGGGGUCAUCAUGCCUUGGCUGUACAGACUCAUCCACAUGAACCCUCUGCUCUGGCUGCUGCAGUUUCUGUUUCAGACACAGACAAGACUUUACCUUCUCGUGUACUGGACCCUCUUGGCUGCCUCAGCCUGCGGGGUGGUUUUCUACCAGAACGCAAAGAGAUCGUCUGAAUCCAAAAAGCACCAGGCCUCCACUAUCACCAGGAAGUAUUUCCACUUCAUUGUUGUAGCCACUUACGUCCCCGGCCUCAUUUACGACCGGCAGCUGCUCUAUGUUGCUGCAGUGCUGUGCCUGGCAGUGUUCAUCUUCCUGGAAUACGUCCGGUACUUCAGGAUCAAACCCUUCGGCCAAACCCUCAGGCAUUUGCUGUCUCUCUUCUUGGAUGAAAGGGACAGUGGCCCCCUAAUCUUGACUCACAUUUAUCUCCUCCUCGGCAUGUCCCUGCCGGUGUGGUUGUUCCCCAGACCCUGUGCUCCCAAAGGCACCUUGUCUGGGGCAGGGGCGCUGGUGCCCUACUCGGGGGUGUUGGCAGUGGGGGUAGGAGACACCAUUGCCUCUGUUUUUGGCAGCACGAUGGGGGAGAUCAAAUGGCCAGGGACAAAGAAGACCUUAGAAGGGACAAUGACAGCUAUUUUCGCUCAGAUCAUCGCCGUGGCCCUGAUCCUGAUCUUUGACAGCAGCGUGAAUCUGAACUCCAGCUAUGCCUGGAUUCUGGCAUCUGUGAGUUUGGUUUCCCUGCUGGAAGCUUACACCACCCAAAUUGACAACCUGCUGCUGCCUCUCUACCUCCAGAUCAUGUUCAUGGCGUAGAAGCCCUUCCAGGAACAGAGGUUUCUCCCUUCCUAGAGAAAAGUGGUACUAGGAAAUGCACUGUAAUGACCUAAACACUACUUUUGGUACGGCAGAGAAAUCUGUUAAAAAUCACAAAUGAGACUUGUUUAAAAUAAAGGGUUUGGUUUGGUCUUGUUUUCCCCCCUGCUGAAAACAGCCCGAGUUAGGUUCUCACAGCAACAAACAGGACUGAUAAAAAACAGCCUGUGUUUAAUAAUCCAAUUACCAAAGUUUUUUCUGGGGGCCAAGAGGAAGAAGAGGUAAGUCAAUUAAAGGGGAAAAAAAUAAAUCAGCAGAUCUCUCAGAUGUUGCCACCUGUGUAUUGUACCUUGUUUUCUGUACUGAGUCCUGCAUCUUGUAUUAGUGACCCUGGGAACUCCCAUUUCUGCAUGAGCACCAUGGAAAGCAUGUUUGGUAACAAGGGGGGGCACUCAGAGCAGGUACAAAAGUGCAGAUGAGUCCAGUCCAUCUGCAAGAACCACAAACACACAACUCCAAACUCAGCACACAUCCAUGGUGUGGGGGGGAAGCUUUGGGAAUGUCAGACACUGCUCAUUCCAAGCCCUGCUAAUACCAGCAGUACAUUUUUAGCCCUGAAGUUGUACUCAACGAGAAGAAUGCUUUAUCUUUCCCAAGAUUUUAAUCUCUAAAUCCAUUUGGAAUGAAUAUAGGGGGGGGGGAAUUAAGCAAAGUCACAGCUAAAACUAAUUACACGUUAAUUCUGAAAGCAGAAAAAUCUGUUCAAGUCAAUAAAAUUUUCUACUACUAUUGCACUUUUCUACUUUUCACGUUUCUUUUUCAGCCAGAUGUUUAAUUAAAUAAUUUAUAGAAAUCCUUCUAUCAACAAAUUGAGUGGAGCCAUUGAAUUCUGCCCACUUAAUCACAAUUACAACUACUACUUUGUGGCAAAAAAAACCCUUAUUUUUAUGUAUGAAACACUUCUGCACUGACAGUCUCUUCUCACUAUCAGGUUAACU